CGUAACACAUUCCUGUGAAGCUGUUUGCGGAAGUGUUGCGGGCAAAAUAAAAUUGUGUCACUCCAUCUGCCAGGGCAUCCCCGCGCCGCCCGCAAUGAAUCGAUAAGUUAGCCUGGGCCUAGCCUGGGAGCUCCAUGCACUAGGCGACAACGACACCUCUUCUUCCACACUUCACUCACCCAACACACACGGGAAAUACUCACCAAUCUCCAGACAAUAACGCUUCACUCCUCUCUGUAUACUCUGCUCUGGUAUACUGUUAGCUGUCGCAGCCAUGUCUGACGAUGACUUCAUGCAAGAUUCCGACCAAGAGGACUAUGAUUUCGAGUAUGAGGACGAUGAUGACGAACAAGGUGGCGAUGUGAAUAUCGAGAACAAAUACUACAACGCGAAACAGUUGAAAGGCGACAACCCGGAGGAAGCCAUAGACGAGUUCCUGGGCAUACCUGCGCUGGAAGAAGAGAAAGGAGACUGGGGCUUCAAAGGUCUCAAACAGGCUAUCAAGUUGGAGUUCAAGCUAAAGCGUUACGCAAAAGCUGCAGAACAUUACCAGGAGCUUCUUACCUACGUCAAAUCGGCUGUCACGAGAAAUUAUUCGGAAAAGUCGAUAAAUAGCAUGCUUGAUUUCAUUGAGAAGGCUGCCGAAGACGACGAGGCGCACCAGUGCAUGGAGAAAUUCUAUGCGCUGACAUUAGAAUCGUUUCAGAGCACCAACAACGAGCGCUUGUGGCUGAAAACGAACAUCAAGCUAGCAAAGCUUUGGUUGGAGCGUAGAGAAUACCGACUACUAGCAGACAAGGUUCGAGAGCUGCACAAGACAUGCCAACGGGAAGAUGGGUCAGACGAUCCAAGCAAAGGGACCUACUCGUUAGAGAUAUACUCCCUGGAAAUUCUCAUGUAUGCGGAGACAAGGAAUAACAAAAGGCUCAAGGCUCUCUACAACAGGGCAUUGAGUGUCAAGUCCGCCGUUCCACACCCGAAGAUUAUGGGAAUUAUUCGGGAGUGCGGCGGUAAGAUGCACAUGAGCGAAGAGAACUGGAAAGGGGCGCAGAGCGACUUCUUUGAAAGCUUCCGGAACUAUGACGAAGCGGGCUCACUACAGCGUAUCCAAGUGCUGAAAUACCUCGUACUAACGACCAUGCUGAUGGGGUCUGACAUCAACCCGUUCGACUCACAGGAGACCAAACCUUACAAGAACGAUCCUCGCAUAUCAGCAAUGACAGACCUUGUAGACGCGUACCAGCGCGACGACAUACACAACUACGAGAAGGUUUUACAGAACAACAAGGAUCUAUUAGCCGACCCGUUCAUCGCCGAGAACAUAGAUGAAGUGACGCGGAAUAUGCGAACUAAGGCAGCUCUCAAACUCGUCGCGCCGUACACCCGGUUCACGCUAGAGUUCAUCUCAAAGCAACUCAAGAUCUCGCUAAUAGAGGUGCAAGACAUAAUCAGCUUCCUGAUUGUGGACGGCAAGCUGAAUGGGAAAAUCAACCAGCACAAAGGUACAGUGGAGAUCGAGAACGGAGUUGAUACGCAGAGGAUACGCGCGCUAGAAGGGUGGACGUCAGCCAUCACGGCGCUGAAUUCCGCUGUUCUGAAUGACGGAGACGGUUUCAAGCCCGAUGACUCCUCGUCGUCAUAUUCAGGGGCGCGAGAGUCGGGCGGAACGCUUGGGAAAGUCAAGAGUGGAGGAAAGCACAAAGGGCAGUCCGGAAGGGGCCCGGGAAAUGGGUUCAGGUGA